AUGAUUGAAAAAGAAUCGAAAGGGAAACCGGUCGGGCCGACAAUCACAUUCGUGACAAUCAAGCCGAAGUCGGAGACGAAGCCCAAGCCAAAGCCGGAGGCAAAGAGCAAGUUGGAGACGAAGACGAAGAGCAAGCCGGAGACGAAGAGCAAAGCAAAACCGGACGCAAAUUCCAAAGCAAAGCCAGACGCAAAGCCUAAGCCAAAAUCGGAUGCAAAGCCUAAGCCAAAACCAGAGACGAAGACCAAGCCAGAGACAAAGAACAAGCCCCAACCGGAGACGAAGACAAACCCAAAGCUAGAAGUGAAGACUAAGCCAAAACCAGAGGCAAAGAGCAAGCCAGAGGCAAAGAGCAAGCCAGACACGAAGAGCAAGCCAGACACGAAGUGCAAGCCAGACACGAAGUGCAAGCCAGACACGAAGAGCAAACCGGAGGCAAAGACGAAGACAAAGCCAGAAGCGAAGACAAAAGUCGAGCCGAAAAAAAAGACCAACCCAGCGAAGAACAUAACAAUCAAUCUGGAGACGACAACGAAGAUCCAGCUGGGAGCUUAG